UCUGAAGGACCUCUGAAGGGGGCAGGCUGUAUGUCUGCAUAUGGAGCGACUGCACGGAGGAGACGCCUCUAAACACUCAACUUAUACAGACACAGAGCUGUUACACGUCUACAGCUCGAGCAAAGCCUGAUUUCGACAGCGGACGCCGCAGAGAAAGUCCUUCCUCACACCAGCCGCUCCGCGAGAGAAGAGACCCACACCCGCCUCUUCCGUCUCCCGCAGCUCGGGACUCUCUAACGCGGAUAAACGAUGACUUUCCACGCGCGAUUCCCACUCAAAGCACCAGAGACUUUCUCGCCCGUGCUUACAGGGCGUGUUUCUUUAAUCUGACAUGGAGGAAAAUGCUUAAAUCCUCUCCUACAUGCCUGGAAUUUUCUGCUGGGAACAGAAAGUGGGCGUUUUUCCCCGCACCGAAGCGCUGGAGGAUUCGUGCGAGUGCCGCAACUUGCAGCAACAUGCAAUAAGUCUGGAUUCAUAAGAUCGCACUGAUUCUGAGGUUACUGAGCGAUAUAAACUGUUCGAAAUGGCACAGGAUAAUGUGUACGACAGCCGCAGUAUUGUGGUGAAGUACAUCCACCAUAAGCUCUGGAAGAAGGGGUACGUGUGGGAAGUGAACGGACUGAUGAUGGGGAGGCAGGAGGACGGCUGCAUCUCUCCCGGCUCCCGUCACGACCCCCGCAGCGCUCUGCAUAAGGUGCUGCGGGAGGCCGGGGACGAACUGGAGCGGCUUUAUCAGUCGGACUUCGCGGAAAUGUCCAAACAGCUGCAUCUCACGUCCAUCACGGCGCAGCAGCGCUUCACCGCGGUCAUAGACGAGCUGUUCAGGGACGGCGUGAACUGGGGCAGAAUCAUCGCUUUUUUCGAGUUCGGAGGGACCGUUUGUGUCGAAUGCGUGAAUAAGGAGAUGACGGCACAUGUGGAUAAUAUCGCGGGCUGGAUGACCGAGUAUCUGAACGGGCCGCUGCACAGCUGGAUCCAGGAGAACGGCGGUUGGGAGGCGUUUGUGGAGCUCUACGGCAGGCAGAGGGACUCUGUGUUUCGCAGCUCGUGGUCAUCGAUAGUAACGGUCUUCGGUCUAGCCGCUCUCGGGGCUGUUGGCUUGACCAUAGGAGCCUACCUUGCUCAGAAAUGAGGAGCCUUCCCCUUCUUCAGUCGCUUGCCCUCUCUCUCCAUCUGAACCCCCUCCUCAGCUUUCCCCAAAGGACAGUCGUGUCCCCAGGACAGAUGCUCUUCAAAGCCUCUCUCCCACUCUCUACCCGGCUUUCUUCUCUGCCCUCAAACACAAAGACAGAAAAGACAGGAAACGAAUGUGCUGCCGACAGACCAUGAGAGAAUGGAAGAGAAGAAAAAUAACCCAAGUGAAAGAGACACUUUUGGUGUUCUUAUAUUUAAAAACGAUGGAAAUCUGGAGGUUUUGAAGGUCUGUGCUGAUUGACGACACCAGCACUCUCCAAAUGUCCUUUAGGAGUCAUGUUGAUCUUAAGAGACAAUCUGCACUAAACUACCAUCGCUGUUCUUAGUAGUU